UUUUUGGCAAUGGGGAAUUGCUCUCUCAAAGGGGUUGUCACAGGGGAUUGUCACAACUCAAUCCGGGUUCUGACAGAUUCCGGGGCGGUUUUGGAGUUCAAAAGUCCAGUUACGGCUCGGGAUAUCAUUAACGACCACCCCGGGUAUGGCGUUUUCCGGCAGGGUCACGCGUCGGCUCCAUUGCUGGACCUUGAGUGCCUCAUUGGUGGCCGGUUGUACUAUCUACUUCCACUUGUUAAGGAUCAUGUGUUAUGCAAGAAUGAGUGCAUGAGUAGAAGUGUGGCUGAGCCAGCUAAGAAGUCAUUUGGGGCAGCAUCGGAUGUUGCUGAGAAUUUGGCAAAUGAUUCUGUUCUUGAGGUUCUGCCAUCGGUCGGAGAUGGAGUUUGGAGAGUGAAGCUGGUGAUUAACACGAAGCAGUUGGAGGAGAUCUUGUCGGAGCAAGUGAAUACUGAGGCAUUGAUAGAGAGAAUGAGGAUGGCUGCAUCUGCAAGCUCUGCUAGCACGACACCAAGGCCAACAAAGGGUACUCGUAGAAAGGGUUGACAUGACAUGUUUUAAGUGACUUUCAUGUCAGAAAAGCAAAAGUAUUAGCCGAUCAUAUUACGUCAACUCAUGUGAAAUAAGUGUUAUAAAUAGGUGCGAAGAGUAGUAUUAUCUUUGAUCGUGAAAAAUAAAAUCACAAAUUCAUGACUGUAUUAAAGUACUCUUGCUAGACAAUUAUAAGAAAGUCCCUUUUAGCUCGCUUUGUAUUAGGUCUUUCUAAUGUUUUUAUUACCUUGUCUUGUACAUAUUAUA